AGUGUUAAUCUGCAUUCAAGCUGAGGCUCCAAUGGUUUUCUCAGCUGCUCGACAUUGGAGUAGCUUAUUACUUUGGGCUUCGCUCUUUCUGGCAGUUUUGUAGGCCUCUGUUAGGUUGUCGAAUCGGAAACAGACACGCAAAAAGACGAGUCUAUACGAAAUCAAGCUUUCGACUCGCGUCGAUUUAGUUUUGCCUGAUUGCACUCCAACGCACGUCCGUCUCGAGUCUAGAUUUGCAGAAACGCUUCUGCUAACGUGCGUAAUGUAUCGUAAAGAGGAAAGACAGUGAAUAGACGGACACGUCCAUCUGCAGGAAAGAGGAAACGAAGAUGGUGAUGACGGCUUCACCAAAAUCAGCCUUCAGAUGCUCGAUAGCAAUGGCGAAGCCUUCCCUCCCCCUGAAGCCGUUACUCUGGGUGUUUAUUGUCAUUAAUCUAUCUACAAGCUCCCUCCAGAAUGAUGACGAUGAUGAGGUGUCUAACAAGACAUGGGUGCUAACUCCCAAAGUGUACGAGAGUGACGUCACACACAUCCUCAACAGCCUACUAGAUGGAUAUGACAACAAACUCAGACCUGACAUCGGAGUGAAACCAACAGUUAUCCACACAGACAUGUUUGUCAACAGCAUUGGCCCAGUCAAUGCCAUCAAUAUGGAAUACACCAUCGACAUCUUUUUUGCUCAGACCUGGUACGACAGGAGGUUAAAGUUCAACAGCACAAUGAAGGUUCUUCGCCUCAACAGCAACAUGGUUGGAAAGAUCUGGAUCCCAGACACCUUCUUUCGCAAUUCAAAGAAGGCCGAUGCCCACUGGAUCACCACGCCCAAUCGCAUGCUUAGGAUCUGGAAUGAUGGAAGAAUACUUUACACGCUCAGGUUGACCAUAGAUGCUGAGUGCCAGCUUAAACUGAACAACUUCCCAAUGGAUGAGCACUCCUGUCCCCUGGAGUUUUCAAGCUAUGGCUACCCCAGGGAGGAGAUUGUGUACAAGUGGAAAAGGAGCUCGGUGGAAGUUGGAGACAUUCGCUCAUGGAGGCUCUACCAGUUUUCCUUUGUGGGCCUGAGGAACACCUCUGAGGUUGUCAGGACUGUCUCAGGUGACUAUGUGGUGCUGACCGUCUUCUUUGACCUGAGCAGGAGGAUGGGCUACUUCACUAUCCAGACUUACAUUCCAUGCACACUUAUUGUUGUUCUUUCAUGGGUCUCUUUCUGGAUCAACAAGGAUGCAGUACCUGCUAGGACUUCAUUAGGCAUCACAACUGUACUGACCAUGACCACACUGAGUACCAUUGCCAGAAAAUCUCUUCCAAAAGUGUCAUAUGUGACCGCCAUGGACCUGUUUGUGUCGGUUUGCUUCAUCUUCGUCUUUGCCGCACUUAUAGAAUAUGGCACGCUGCACUAUUUUGUCAGCAACAGGAAGCCGAGUGCCAAAAAGGACAAGAAAAAGAAGAAUCCGCUCCUCCGGCUCUUUUCCUCAAAGCAGACACCAACGGUGGACAUCCGUCCACGCUCAGCUACCGCCAUUCAGAUGAACAACGCUACGCAUAUGCAGGAGCGAGACGAGGAGUACGGCUAUGAGUGUCUGGAUGGAAAGGACUGCACCAGCUUCUUCUGCUGUUUCGAAGACUGCCGCUCCGGAGCCUGGCGGCACGGCAGGUUGCACAUCCGCGUCGCCAAGAUAGACUCAUACGCACGCAUCUUCUUCCCCACCGCAUUUGGUCUCUUCAACCUGGUGUACUGGGUCUCCUAUCUCUAUCUUUAGGCGCCGGUGUGUAUCCAGCCUUAUCCUACAGCCCAUUACAUUCAACAAAUGUUCUGCGCCAGCAAGUGACACUUUGAAGGAGGGGACCCACUGAAAUACCCAAACUUUAUUUUCAGUUAACUCUAUUUCUGUCAUUUAAAUCCCUUUAAAUUUUAGUUACCUUUUCAGACAACUUUAAAGAAUAUUGCAAAUGUUGUAGCAUUACAUUUAACUGGUGGGAGGAGGUUUAUUGUUGUGUUGUAAAAAAAAAAUAUGAUUGUGUGAGAGAUAAACAUAUUUCUUAAGUUAUGUUUUCAUAUUAUGUUCAAUUUUUAAGCAAGAGUGCCCCCUGUUGUAUGUCCCCAAUACUUCCAGAAAAAAAUAAACAUGUAAUCAUAUCAAGUCAUUUAAGUCAUAUGAAAUAAUUGAGACAACAUUUAGAUAUACAUUUCUACUGAAAUAAAGUUAUUUAAAUUCAAAAAUACUUUAUUUCAUUAAAACAGUGACAAAGAAAGUAGACGCAAUUUAACUAAUGAAAUAACAACAAAAUGGCAGAGAGAUUAAAAAUUAUUUAAACUAAAGAUAAAAAAGUAUGACCAUAUCUAUCAAAUCUUAUCCAUCCAAACUGCAUGAACCAGAUCUCUUUUAUUCAUUUUUACAUUUUCUUUUUCACUUCCUAAACUCAAAGUCUAAAGCACUUUAAAGGAGCAAUUUCAAACAUGAAUAUUUAUUUAUAUCUAGUUCUUUCAGUAUGCGUUAGAACAAUUACAUGUUGCAUUUUUCACGUGCGGUCAACGUAUGACGAUGCUGUUUAUGAGCAAUGCUCAGCUGUACAGACACUGUAUAUAUUUUAUUCUUACAUAGUGGUUUACAUUUAUUGCAUGUACCUUUCAGGCCAAAAAAAAAACCAAAAAAAAAAAAAACUAUUUUAUGGUCUUCUACUGUUGGCUAUGGAAACAAAAUCGUGACUAAAUAACAACAAGUAUUCAGGACUUAAUUAUACUUUUUCUAGGAAAACUGGAAAAUUAAGUGUUAAAAAUGGGCCCAAAAUAUUCUUUUUAUUUGGGAAGUCAUAUCUUUCCUGACAGGUGUAAGAAUCUGCCUGAUAGCUCAUGCCAGAUAUUUGGUUUGUUUUCCUUGCAAACAUUAGCUUUCAGCACAAACUGUACCGGCUCUUUAUGUUUUCCUCUGUUUGCAGUUAAAUAUGUACAUUUGCAUAAUAAUAAACUGACACUUUAUUUAGGUUAUGCAAGCUGCUACAAGAAAAACUGGACUGGAAAGGUGUUCAUAUGAUUUAUUAUUAUUAUUAUUAUUAUUAUAAUUAUUUUGCCCUUUAUAUCACCAGAGUGAUAGAUGCAGCUGCAUAACCAGCGGCUGAGUUUCACUUUCAAAUUGAGGAGCUGAAACUAAUUUACACGUCAGUGCAAAUGUUACUUCAGAAAGCUGAGAGGUAUUUAUGAAAUAUCUGCAGUCUCAGUUCAUGCCACAUGGCCUUGCUUUGAAAAGAAAUAUAAAUAUGUUUAAUAUCAAAUCAUUUAAGAGUUUUG